AUGUCAACAGAACCAACAUCACCACCAGUAUCGGUACCAAAAAAAAUUGAUUUUGCACCUUUACAUCGUACUGUUGAAUUAGAAAAUAUACAUGCACAAGUUGUAGAAAAUGAUCCACAACCACAACAACAACAACAACAACAAUCAACACGUAAAAUACUUGUUAAACAUAUGACUGUUAUUGGUGAUGGAAGUGAUAUUUGA